AGUAUCAUCAGUCUUCUCAUCUUUUAUUUCCUCCUCUCUUAGAGCUUAUUCUCCUUUGCACUUCACAACCUACUUAACACUCAUCUACAUUAUAUUCAUUACUCGACCGCAAUGCCUGGCACUAUCAUCUCCACUUCUUCACCUAAUGUUUAUCUCACCAAGGUUGCCGGCGAACUUUCGCUUCAACAGGGUCGCAAUCCUAAUCGCUUUCUCAACGCUGAUAAGCGUGUCCUAGUUAUUGGGGGUGGUGUCACUGGCAUGACGAAUGCAUGGGCAUUGCUUGAUGCUGGCUAUUCUGUAACCAUUAUUUCCGAGAAAUGGGCCUCUUUAGAUGACCGGAUUACCUCACAAAUUGCCGGAGCAUUGUGGGAAUAUCCUCCUGCGGUUUGUGGCAAGCACACCGAUGUCAUUUCACUUCGCAAAUCCAAAAAAUGGUGCAUGACUUCCUACCGGGUAUUCGAGAGAUUGCAAAAGCUCUUCCCUGAUCAAGAAUUGCCUCACCAUGGUAUACGCAUGCGGAUGGCCAACUUCUUCUUCGAUCAUCCAGUCGAGGAAAUACCUGAUGAAUUGGAGAAGAUGCUCGAAAUCGAAGCCUCUGGGAUCCGUGGUUUUAAGCACGAUUCCACACUUGUGAAACAGCACGCAGUAAACCAGAAAGCUGGUGUUGUUGACUCAUAUCAACAUCUUUCCCCUGCUAUUGAUACCGAUGCCUACAUGACCUGGUUGCGUUACAUUCUUGCUUCCAAAGGAGCAGAGUUCGUCACCGAGCGCAUCUCUGGAGACCUGUUGGAUCAGGAGGACAGGCUCCUUGCUCAGUAUGAUGCUCACGCCAUCAUCCACGCUACUGGAUUAGGCGGUAACGAGCUUGCUGGGGAUGAAUCCGUGUACCCCUUGCGAGGAGCACUUAUCAGAGUAGUCAACGAUGGCACAAAGUUUCCCAAGGUCAACGAGGCUCUCGUUGUCGCUCACGACUAUGCCAAGCGUGAUGAUGACGGAGGCAUUGUUUUCAUCGUACCCCGAAAUGACCAUACUUUGAUUCUUGGAGGUCUCGCUCAACCCAACAUGGCCAAUCUGGACUUGACGCUUGACAGUCCUGAGAUCCGCCGUAUGCGCGAGCGCUGCAACAAAUUCGUACCUGGCUUGGAGAAUGCGGAGUACGAUCCGGAAGCGGCUCUUGUACAGGGCCUUCGACCUUUCCGUGGAGAGAACGUCCGCGUAGAGAGGGAGCUCCGCCAGAAGUCGGAUGGUUCCUCGAGCAGAAUCAUACACUCCUAUGGUCAGGGUGGAGCCGGUUUCACUCUUUCAUUCGGAUGCGCUGGGGACGUCCUUAGCUUGCUCGAGGAGUUGGAGGCAGGUAAAAAGCCGGCAUCGAUGAGGUCCACGGCAUAAAGGUCACCCGCCUAACUAACCUAUUCGAACUUUUUAUCCAACACGAUCUUUGCGGACGUAUCUAUUGAAACAUAUAUUUAAACAUACACUCCAAUAAUACAUUACUAUGAUUUUUGUCGCUCGAAUUUUUGACACAGAACGAAAUUAUUCUCUUAUAGUUACCGCCGCCCGUCCUGUGUAUGCACCUGGCUCAACUUUCAAAGCUC